GGUAUACAAUCCUUGUGAAGGUGAAGAGAUCGGUGGGUAUGUCACCACCUGCUAAGGGUGGUGAUGGUACAAGUCCUUCACAAAUUCCCAUCCUCUGCAUGGGGUGGUUCAGCAACCCGAUGAGGGAAGGAGCUUACAACGCGCACCAAUGCAAGGUGGUGAAGCCAAAAUGGGAGAAGACCCGAGAGGGGGAGAGUCACAUGGGAUGGGUGUUUGCCACGUCGGACAAUGAGGAGCCUGGGGCGACCGUGGAUCAUUUGUAUGGAGUCAGGACUGUCCGUGAUCUGUAUGAUAUGGCAGAUGCUGACUACAGUCUUGGCAAGUUUUCGGUGCCAGUGCUGUGGGACAAGGAGCAGAAAACAAUUGUGAACAAUGAAAGCUCUGAGAUCAUCCAGAUGUUCAACAACGAGUUCGACAAAUUAUCAGCCACCCAUGCUGACCGGGACCUUAUGCCGCCUCAUCUGAAGGCAAGCAUUGAUGAGGUCAACGAAUGGGUGUACUCGGAUAUAAACAAUGGAGUAUAUAGAUGUGGAUUUGCCACGAAGCAGAAACCGUACGAAGAGGCUGUUGAUGAAGCUCAUGCUUAUGCUCUUCAGCAUACCCGCAUGCAUUCGCGAUGCAGAGCCUUGAACAUGUUUAUUCACGGGCAUUGCUCUGGCCAAUGGACAACCGAUUCAGGACCAGACAGCCUUUCCGUUUCUCAGAUUCUCCAACAUCUUCGCUUUGUUGUAGAAAACAUUUUUCUGUACACUAGAGAUGACACUCUUCGAAAGCAAAUCAUUGGUAUUCCAAUGGGAACAAAUGCUGGCCCAGAAAUCUCCAAUCUAAUGCUCUAUUGGGAUGAAGCACGCUUUAUUGAUGACAUUCGUCAACAUGAUCCCCAAGCUGCUCAGCGAUACGCCUUCACUUACCGCCUCAUUGAUGAUGUUCUUUCAUGGGGGCAAUUACCUCCUCCUUCAGAGCACUAUGGGCUUGAGUGGAAGGAAACUACGGCUACAGAUGGCUCGUGUACCUUCUUAGGUAUGCAUCUACGGGUACGUUCUGAUGGUUCGCUUCGCAUGAGCGCGUUUGAUAAAGCGGCUGCUUGGGAUUUCCCUGUUAUUCGCUAUCCAAGUGCUACCUCCAACAUCCCUUCCCAUCAACCGGCAGUUCCCACUGUUGUGGUUCCCACCGUCGCCGCUUCCACCGCUGAGGUCUCCACUGCUGCAGUUUCUACUGCUGCUGUUUCAACUCCGGGUUUCACUCCAGCAGUUUCUGCUACGGAAGUUGCCUCCACUGCUCGUCCUGUCACUGCUUGUUCAUAUGCUGCUAAUGCAGUUCCCACUGUUGCGGUUCCCACCGUCGCCGCUUCCACCGUUGUGGUCUCCACUGCUGCAGUUUCUAYUGUUGCUGCCGCUGUGGUCUCCACUGCUGCAGUUUCUACUGCUGCUGUUUCAACUCCGGGUUUCACUCCAGCAGUUUCUGCUACGGAAGUUGCCUCCGCUGCGGUCCCUGCUACGGAAGUUGCCUCUGCUGCGGUUCCUACUACAACAGUUGUCUUUGUUGCGGUGUAUGUUGUUCAUUUCAAGACGAACAAGAAGCUGAUCAGGGAGUAUCCAAAUCUUUUCAACUAUACAAAGGAUAUAUACCAAGUACCCGGGAUGGCGAAGACUGUCGACAUGUAUCAUAUUAAGAAACACUAUUUCAUGAGUCAUCCUUCCAUCAACCCCCAUGGCAUCAUCGCAUGCGGUGCGGAUAUCGACUAUUUCGCACCCCAUGAUCGUGAACAGGUCGGUAAACACUGAGAGGGAUCCUCUCUGUUUUUAAUGUUGUGUGUGCACAACUGCAUCGUUGUGCUGGUGUCAUGCCUACCUUUGCAUUUUGCGAGUUGCUUUUUGUUAUAACCAACUGGUUACGCAUCUGAUGGACAGUGUGAGGACUGAGCCCUCGGAUGGUCCUUCUCGGGCACGCAGACGUUCUGGGAUCAGGCCCCAGCCAGCAAGCCUCGUGCCUGCCCUAAAUGAAGGCGGGCCUGGCCUGCAUAUUUGCUUGAGGCCUAUUUUUGGCCAUUUUCGUAUGUGGGGUAUCAGACAGUUGCAGCACAACAGUUGGUUACAGAGCAACGUUAGCCUUCCCUGGCUCCUUCCAGAAGCAGCAGCUGCGUUGGACAGUUGAGCACAGGGCUCAAUCGGUUGGGGCACUGGGCACAUGCAUGCAUUCAGAGGCCGACAAGUCACGCAGCGGUCACGGACCAAUGAGAAAGCAGCUCCUUCGUCGCAUGCAUGCCACGAGCCAAUGGGAUUGCGCCGAACACUCGGGAGACUCGUGGGCUACCUGGAUGUGCCUAACUGCACGAGGCCCAGGCCAGUAUCUGAAACUGGGCCUGGCCGCAGAUACUGGGUCCCGACUGGAAGCGACUGGAAACCUGCCCAGCCAGGCCCAGGGCACGACAAGCAGGCUCACUUUCCAUAAAGGAAAGUGAGCUCGCCAGCCAGAGGCAUUCUGGCCUGUGCAGGCAAUGCAGCCAUUGACGCACGAGCAGCUGCGCUAGCUCUGCUGGCCAGGGCGCGCACGGGCGCUGGAGGUGAGAGGGGGCGCUGCGGUGGCAGCGGGCAUACGGCGGCCAUAGCCGGGCUCCUGGGCGCAUGGUGGCCUUUGGGUAGGAGGCGUAUGCAGAGGGGAGUCAGGGAUGAUGAGGGGAGGAGUGAGACACGUCCCUGGUGUAUGCUGGCAGUCUGCAUUGGCAAUGACGUCAUGUACAUUGGUCUUGGAGUUCGAUGGGAACCUGUUGCAUGAAUGUAGAUAGGCUAGAUGAGCUGAGUAGUGUAGGCUGGGCCCUGGGCGCUGGGCGCCAAUCAGAAGGAGCGACAUUGGAUACUAUGUUGGUGUGGCCAGGUGUUCUCCCUUAUUUGAAUACGCACCCAAGGCAUUAAUUGUGAUGACUUUUGUGGGAGCUAUGACAUCCUUUUUUGCGGCACUUGCAUUGUGCUCUCUGCUUGGUAUAUAACUAUCUGGACUACAGCGUGAUUUUGUAAUUUGGAUUUCUGUCUAUCGCUCUCGCUCAUAUUCCUUGCAACAGCAACCUCGCAAGGUAAAAUAGUGAAAAUGGGAAACGUGGGAAGAGUGAACAUUGGACACGCAAGCCGAUCAAGGAUUGUUUAUCUGAGUGUAGCAGCACUUGCUGUUUAUCAUCUCAACUGUGUAUCUAAAUGGGGACACGCGUGACCCAUAAUC